UGCCAACACUCAUCUUUUUCACCGACUUGACUCCUCUUCUUUACAGCCGGAUCAUGGCAUACGUCGCCGAUCUGUUAGCUUGCUUGUCUGCCAUUGUAUUGCGCAUUCUUUGCCACCCUGGGGCUUGCUCAUUUACAACGCCUACUAAGGCAUCUAUUCGAAAGAGCAUCCUAGAAUCAAUCGCUAUUUCAUCACACACUUUGAGAAGCUCCAUGGGGCUUGCAAGCUUGAACUCGAGACCCCCAAACGCUCUCCACGAUGAUUACCAAGAAAACAUCGAGUUUGGUCCUUCAACGUAGACUAUGUUUUGUUUGAUAGCGCAAGUAUCACCGUAUCUACUGUAUCAAUAUGUCCCUGUCACUGUCUACUUCUCGUCACACUCCUUGAAUGAAUAGCACGAUCCCAUUC